AGGAACCACAAUGAUUUUCCUUGAAAAGGCGGCCAUAGUGCUGUGCCUGGAUGUAGGCUUUACAAUGAGUAGUUCUGCCCCUGGUGAGGAGUCUUCACUUGAACAAGCCAAGAAGAUUAUGACAAAGUUUGUGCAGCGACAGGUUUUUGCUGAGAGUAAAGAUGAGGUCGCUGUAGUUUUGUUUGGCACUGAUGGUACUAGGAAUGACCUUGCCAGUGGGGAUCAAUACCAAAACAUUACUGUCCAUAGGUCACUCAUGCUACCAGAUUUUGAUCUGCUGGAGGACAUUCAAGAUGUGAUUAAACCGGGCUCUGAACAAGCAGACUUUCUGGAUGCAAUUAUUGUGUGUAUGGACUUGCUUCAGAAGGAAACAAUAGGAAAGAAAUACGAGAAGAGACACAUUGAACUGUUUACAGACCUUAGUAGUCCUGUCAGUGAGGAUCAGCUGGAAAUUAUCAUUGCUAACUUGAAGAAAACAGGAAUUUCACUUCAGUUUUUUCUGCCAUUUCCAGUGGAUGUUGGUGAUGGAGGUGGAGAUACAAGUGCCAGUAUACGUUCUCAUGUGCACAGAAACUCUUUUCCAAGAAAGAGUUUAACUGAGCAACAGAAGGAAGGCAUUGAUGUGGUGAGGAAACUGAUGCAUACUUUGGACGAAGAAGGAGGGCUGGAAGAAAUUUAUACUUUCAGAGAGAGCCUGGAGCGUCUUUCAAUGUUUAAGAAAAUAGAAAGAAGACCUAUGGCUUGGCCCUGCCAGCUCACUAUUGGUUCUAAUUUGUCUAUAAGGAUUGUGGCCUACAAAUCAGUCACAGAAGAGAAGGUGAAAAAGAUUUGGACAAUUGUGGAUGCUAAAACCCUCAGAAAAGAUGAUGUGCAAAAAGAAACUGUUUACUGUUUGAAUGAUGAUGACGAGACAGAGGUUCAGAGAGAUGAUACUAUUCAAGGGUUUCGCUAUGGGAGUGAUAUAGUUCCUUUUUCCAAGGAAGAUGAAGAGCAAAUGAAAUACAAAACAGAAGCAAAAUGUUUUUCUGUUUUGGGAUUCAGCAGAUCCUCUCAGAUACAGAGGCAUUACUACAUGGGCAACCAGGUUCUGAAGGUCUUUGCAGCGAAAGAUGAUGAGAAUGCAGCAGUUGCUUUUUCUGCCCUUGUUCAUGCAUUGGAUGAGUUGAAAGUGGUAGCUAUAGUGCGUUACGCUUAUGAUAGAAGAUGCAACCCACAAAUUGGAGUAGCUUUUCCGUAUAUUAAGGAUGCGUACGAGUGUCUCAUCUAUGUGCAACUACCCUACAUGGAAGACUUAAGACAAUACAUAUUUUCAUCCUUGAAAAACAAUAAAAAAUGCAUUCCUACAGCGGAUCAGUUAUCUGCUGUUGACUCUUUGAUUGAUUCUAUGAAUUUGGUUUAUGAAGAUGAUGAUGGAGAAACUUUUGAGGACCUGUUUAAGCCCAGCAAAAUCCCAAACCCUCAUUUUCAGAGGUUAUAUCAGUGUUUGCAGCAUAAGGCUUUUCACCCCAAUGAGCCAUUGCCGCCAAUUGAACAGCACCUUUUAGAGAUGCUGGAGAUGCCCUGUGUGGUAAAAGAAAGGUGUCAGGCUCCUCUUGAAAAAGUAAAAGCACUUUUCCCUCUAAAGGAAAUUAGCAAGAAAAAAGAAGAGAAAACUGCUCAAGACAUCUUCAAAGACAACAGUGAAGAUGGACCCAAUCCUAAGAAACCAAAAAUUGAAGAGGAGGAAGGUAGCUUUAGCAUCAUAAAACUUGCUGAAGGCAAUGUCACCUCUGUUGGCAGUGUUAACCCAGCAGAAGAUUUCCGAAUUCUGUUGAGGCAGAAAAAUGCUGACUUCAAAGACGUGAGUCAGCAGUUGAUAAACCGCAUUGAUCAGUUCCUGGAAAAUAAAGGUUCACAGUACUACAUGAAAGGGAUCAAUUGUAUCAGAGUUUUCAGAGAGGAGGCCAUGAAGCUGUCCAAGGUGCAGUGCUUUAAUGAUUUUCUGCAGGCCUUGAAAUCAAAGGUGGAAGAUAAAGCCUUAGCUGAUUUCUGGGAGAUCAUGAUACAGGACAGAAUUUCUUUGAUCACUAAAGAUGAAGCAGAGGAAAGUUCGGUGACUAGUGAAGAGGCUGAAAAGUUCUUGGCUCCGAAAGAAAAGAAAAAUGAAACUCUGCCUCCCACAGAGGAAGGUGGUGAUGUUGAUGAUUUGCUGGACAUGAUGUGACUGGGCGAUACAUGGUGACUGUACAAGCAAAGUUUUGGAAGAGAUCUCCCUGUGAGAUGGAGCACAAAACAGGAUGCUAAUGAGAAGACAGUAUAUCCAUCUUUAUUUUCUCAAAUGAGAGCAGAAGUCCCAGAGACCUUUCCAGUUGGUAUAAAUGUCAUCUGACUUUUCAAAACCAGAAGAGAAGAUUGAAAUAAUCUGAAGUAUUUGUGAAGUAAUGAUACCUUAAG